AUGCUUGUUACUUACGAGUACAGCAGAACCUGGCAUCAGCUCACGAUUCCUGGAAUUUCUUCUCCACCAAAUGCUAACAAACUUCGCAUCUCCCCAGCGUCUUUCAAACAACUAGUCCAGGCUUUCAACAUCCCUGCAUCAUUUGUAGAUGCAUUGUCCACUCACUAUCUACCACACGGCCAUGGACAUCAUCAAAUAUCCACAGUACCAGGCUCAGACAGCUAUGGCCACUGGUACCUUUUACCUGUCCGGGUACAAUUUGCAUGCACCGAUCAACGGAGCGGUCAUGUUGCAAGUGCUUCGAAUAGCAACCAGAUGAAUCCAUACCACUACGUCCAUCUGCCCGAUAUGGAAGUUGACGUUAGAGGUUUCUGCAUAGCAAUAUAUGCAAAUCAUGACUCGGCAACUGGCAACUCAAACUUCGUAGUGUUUAAUUUUGUGCAGGGUCGUUGGGCCAAAGUUGUAGAGGAACCACAGAAGCGCGUGGCUGGAGCGAUCGCACAUUCUGCGAACAAUGGACAGAAACUGUCACCGUACUUCCUUCACUUGGUGUAUCUCACUAGUGUAUCGCGUUGGUGGGCCAAUGUCAUGAGCAGUGUCUACGAUCAAUUGAUCGCAUACGAAGAGGGCCUGCAAGAACAGCUCGACAGUGACAAUGAAUCGACACAUUUCUAUGCUAAGCUUGAUCGAGCUUUGCAUUGUAUCGCAGCUCAUCUCCAACGUUAUCGGUCCGAAUUGAAUUCCCUCGAAGCGACCAUUGCAAAUAUCUUCCAGCUCUUUAAGGAAAAACAUGGCGCUUCAGACACUGGGGAUCGAAGAUUCACACUAGGGUUAGCGCAGACAGCAUCGCAAGUCAAAGCAACGAACGACUUUUGUCAGGAGCUCGAGAAGAAGCUGAGUAACAUACUAGCUUUAGUGCGCUGCAGCAACCACUUCAAAACUAUCAUCUCGAACACGCGAGCCCUUAACGUGGUCCUACAGGCUAUCCAGACAGACACAGAGACUUCACAACGUUUAACUGAGGAGACGCGAAAAGACAGUCUUUCCAUGAAGACAAUCGCCGUCGUCACAAUGUUCUUCUUACCGGGUGCAACUAUCGCCGUAUGCCACUUCAAACAUUAA